CGUGUGUGGUUCUUCCAAUCGCCUUUACAGGGUCUUUCUUUUUUUAUAAAGUUUUGCUUUCAGAUGUUUUUGACAAUACGAAGAGAAAGGAUUAAAAAAUUAUUAUUUCUUUUUGAUAUUUCUACACUUUAUUUGUUAUUUGUGUUGUUUUCCUUGUUUUUUUCUUCUUCAUAUCUCCAAAAAUUCUUUUCUACAACUUGAUAUAAAAAAUAUAAUAAAGUUAACCAUAAUUUACAAGAAAACAAAAAAAAAAAAGAAUUCCAACAAGAAAUUUUAUACCCCCCGUCGUCGUCUGUCAUCCGUCGUCGUCGUCAACAUUUCUUCUAGCAGCCGUCUUCUACUCUUGUGGUGGCUCUGUCAUUUUUCGUUGUCGUCGUCGUAGUUGUCUCAGUUGUCUCGUCGAUUUUUGUUGCAAAGAAAGACAAAAACAUUUUUACAAAAGAAUUUUUUUCUUGCGAGCAGAAAUUAAACAAAAAAAAACUGAAUAUAAAUUCUUCACAUUGACGCGAUUUAAAAUUAAGUAAAUUCCAAGCUACCAAGUGAUGGCAUUAGCGCGGAAAUUAACAAAAAAAAUAUAUGAGAUAAAAGCUCACAGUGGAAAAGUGACAAGUUUAGAUCUCGGCGAGACUGGCCGGGUUUUGGUAACAGGUGGACAUGAUCGUAAUGUUAAUUUAUGGGCUAUAGGUGAAGAAAAAUGUUUUAUGUCACUAACUGGCCACAAUGGAUCAAUUGAUUGUGUUAAAUUUGCCUAUAACGAUGACUUUGUUUAUUCGGCGGAUGAUAUUGGAAUCAUUCGACGAUGGGAUCUUAAUGCUCAGACAAUAUGUUCAACACUUAAUGGACAUAUGGAGAGUGUUCGAACGUUGGAUUUCAAUCCGUCGGGGGAGUAUGUGGUGUCGGGAAGCAAUGACACGACAGUAAGGCUAUGGGACGUUCGUAAUCAAAACAAAUGCAUCAAAGUAUACCGCGGUCAUAUAGCUCAUGUAAAUUCGGUAAAAUUUUCUCCCGAUGGUUUAUGGAUAGCAUCUGCUGGCACAGAAGGAUCCGUAAUACUCUGGGACAUACGCAAAAGCAAACUUAUUAUGGAUUUCACAGAAAAAGAGCCAGCGGUAACAUGCAUACAAUUUCAUCCUUUUGAAUUUCUACUAGCCGUUGGACGAAUUGAUGGAACUAUCAGUAUCUAUGAUUUGGAGAGUAAAAUUAGAAUCUCCAAAACAGAUACACCAAGUCCAUUUAGUGGUUAUCCAAUAAAAUGCAUUACAUUUAGUGAAAAUGGUGAAUGUCUCUUUGUUGGCACAUCAGUUGGAAUAUCAGUUAUUGGUUGGGAACCAGACAGAGAAUUUGACCACAUUGAGUCCACAUGGAAUGCAAUGGGAGAUAUGAAAAUUGUUAACAGAAAAUUGUUUUGUGGAUCAUAUGAACAAGAUUAUGUAGCCAUUCAUGCUCUAAGCAUCGAUCGAGUUAUACCCUUUUACAAUCCGUCCAAUGCCCCAUUCAGUCAUAAUCAAACAACACGAAAAAGUUUUUCCAGAGGCCAUCAAAAACUACGCCUUUCCAUAGGCGGUCCCAAACAAAGUCGAUUGCUUGAAGAAAACGAAGAACGGAGUCCGAGCUUAGAUGGACAAUCUUCACCUAAUCUGAGUCUGGAACUUGUUGAUGACAUGGAAGAUACAUCACAAAGUGCCCCAAACUCCAACGGACUAAGUGUACAUUUUGACUUGUAUGGACCUCCGCCAAAGGUUAAUCCUUACAUCUUUCCAUCACUGUCAUCGGAAACAACAAGCUACAGCAGUGGCGGAUACGAAGGACCAAGUUCGUUAAAAAUGCCCGGUGAACGAGAUGUUUACAAAUUCAAUCGAAUCGUUGACACACACGCCAAUGAAAUUGAAUACAAUCUAAACGACAGUAAUCCGCCCAUCAUCUCCAAUUACAAUGGAUGCGAAUUAGUUGAAGAUUUCCCCGUAAACAGUGCACAACAACCUGACUAUGCACCAAAAAAUGAUGGCCCAAUAUCAAUGAAUUAUUCAAAUAAUGUGCAAAAAACAGCAAAACCCAAGACGACGUCACACAUUCAAAAAAGGACCAGUCAAAUAGCAAUAUCAAAUAAAAGUUCAAGUUUUCAAAGUCGUAGUAAGUUGUCGAAUGUGUCAUCAGUGAGUACAACAGAUUUGCACAAAAUCGACGAUAAUAUGGUGAUGAAAAAAUCAACAUCAUCAACGAUAUCAUCGAAAGUGAAGCGUGAUGCCAAUUUGAAUAAGGAAAAUGCAAAAAAUAAAAAUAUAACUGUACAAAUAAUAACGAAAGGCCCAACGAGAUCAAAGACAUCGCUGGAUCUGAGAUCACCACCAAAUUCAGUUAGUGCAUCGCAGAGGCAUUCGCAAAAGAUAUCUUCAUAUACAACGGAUAUUAAUAAUUCACAAUCAUCAGUGAAUAUUGUUACAAAUAAUCACACAACGAAUUAUCGACCGGAUCCACAAUUAAUAACAACGCCACCGGGUCAACGAAUGCACAACAACCGCAUGGACGAUAGUUCGGAAAUUCAAAUGUUAGCCUCAUCACAUGAGCAAGUUUAUCAAGAGCUCAGCAAUCGGCAUGCCACCUUACAGCUUAUCAGAAAUUCAACAAGGUCGCAUGACAUAGUAGGUGCACUUAAACAAGCAAUAAAGAUGAACGGCCGAACAGUUUUUGUAGAUCUGCUAGGUGCCAUUCUUGAAAAAACAUCCUCAUGGAACCUUGAUCUGUGUUUGCUACUCCUGCCAGAAAUCUAUGAACUCCUGCAGAGUCAGCAUAAAUUUCAUUACACCCGCGCAUGUGACACCCUCCGAGUGAUUUUGUCCAAUUUCUUGCCAAUCAUCCAAGAUAACAUCGACCCUUGGUCAGCGAGUGGCCUCGGAGUCGAUGUUACUCGAGAAGAACGAACACGCAAAUGCAUUGAAUGUCAACAUUGGCUACAGCGAAUACGCAAUAUCUCGGAACCUCCUCAACACAUUGGAUCCACACUAUCACAACUUCAGAAUAUGAUUGUGAAUAUCUAAAGGAAAAAAUAUUGAAAUCAACUAGGACUAACCCAGGAGGUUGUUUUUUGUUAAGUUCGUAUGUUCGUGUGUGUGUGUCUUUUAUCAUUUAUCUUUGACCCCUGUUGUAUUUAUUCAUUAUAUAUAUUUAUUUGUGAUGUUUGAGGUGUGAUUUUUGCACCACGUUAAAGGGACAAAAAAGAUACAAUUAAACUAAGUGCCGGCUUGAAAGACACAUUACACACAAAAAAGUUAUACUAAUUAAUUUUAACAAACAAAAAAAAAUAAUAAUUAACUUACAAAUUCGGGUAGAUACUUAUAUUCAAAUUUAAGUGAUAAGAAUUCACUUUAACAAAAAAAGGUAUGGAUUUGGUUUUAGUUUAUUGUGUGUGUGUGAUCGAGAAAAAAAAGAUAAAAAUAUUCAGAAAAACCUAAACUUAAAAAAAAGUUACCAACUAGUGAUUUGUUUUCUUAAUUGUCCAGAAGGUUCAAUUAGAUCACAUAAACCAACUUCCUGUAACAUUUUUUGUUAAAAAAAAGAAAUCCACUGACAAUAACCAAUUUACCAAUCAAUUGUAAAAAACGGAACGAUAUUUUUUAAAUCACACAUGUGGAUUGGAAGAGUUUUAUUUUAUCCAAUUAUGAGGGAUGUUGCAAUGUGCUCGAUCUUUAGUAGAUUUUUAGUUAGAUUCUAUUAGAAUUUAAAAGGUAUAAGUUUAAUUAACAGAACAUAACAUACGUAUUUUAAACCCAUCUUAUUUGUAUAUUUCGCAAAUAGCAAAAGGACAACAAGUCCGACGAGAGACUUUUUGAGAACUACACCAUCCAUUUUUGAAGUUGCAUUUAUGAACUCAAAAAAAAGCAUAAUAAAAAAAAGAACUUCUGAUUUAUUGAAGGCUACACUCAAGCAUCCAACGUCUCUACGACGGGAAAAUACACUGAAGGUCUUGAAACUUCUCAACAUAAAGCAGUGAAUCGAAAUUAAUCUUUCUAAUGUUUCUGCCUGCAAAAUUUGAAGAGUAACCAAUUAAAUGACCUGAAAUUUUUGCUUAACAUUGCAUAUCUAUAUAAGAUUGGCAUUAUAUACUUUAUAUGCUAAGGUCACUACGAGAACGGGAAAUAUUUGUAAGGCUAGUAGAAGAACUGCCAGACUAUUGGGACAGAAUCUUGGAAUCUUAAAAGAAAAGCGAAGAAAAGAAAUGCAUUACAUUCGUAUCAAGAACUUAUAGAAUCAAUGAUGCAAUCCUUUCCGCCAAUUUAUCGUAAGCGCUAAAUAUCAACAAUAAAGCUGAGAAGAAAAAGUUAGAGAAGUUUUUCUGUAAACAAUGCUGUUGUUUAGGAUAAAGUUACUAACGAUAUAUGUAUCAAGCCUCUUCCGCCAAAUUAUCGUAAGCGCUAACUUAAAUUAUAUUUUAAUGGACAGCACAUAAAUGUAUACUUCCAAAACUAAGAACGAAAAAGAUACAACUUUUUUGUCUUAAUCUUGUCAACAAUGGUUCAAGAAAAAAUGCACAUCAAAAUCGUAUCCAAUAAGUCUAAAAACAAAAAGUUUUAAAGGUUUUUCAGUAAACAAAAACAUCGUAAGCGUCAUGUCGCUUACGAUGAUUACGUCAACGGCGCGAUAUUGGCGAAAAAGGCUCGAUAUGAACGAAAUGAAAAGUUUUUGGGGUGAUUCUUAUGCACGUGGAUCUCAUAAAAGUGCUGAUUCUGUCUCCACGCUAAAUAUUGGAUAUCGACGGUUAAACUGCCAAACCUCGUAAGUCGUUUUUGACUCUUAGUUGAUUUGAGUUAUUAAAUAAACAAUUUUUUUAUUUCCUUCAUUUUUUAAUUGUUUUAAGAGGUUAUUUUCGAUUUCUAAAGAAAGAGUCAAAAACGACUUACGAGGUUUUGCAGUUUAACCGUCGAUAUAUGAAUUUGUCUAAUAUUUUGAAAGUAGUUUUCCUUGCGUUUUUUAAAUUAAAUGGUAACAAUAAUUCCAAAAAGAAAAAACAGCAAACAUUUUCUUACCAAAAAUUAUGUGUUUUUUUUUCGGAAUCCGUUUACAAUUCACCUCUUACGGUUGUAAGGAAUUUUCAUAUCAGUCUUUUUACCGGCAGAUGUCUGUCAAUUUUCCGAAUUUUUUUCUAACCAAAAUUUAUUUUGCGAUCGUUUAUCUCCCUUUGAAUUUAUAUCCAGGGAAAAUUUAUUGCCAAUGCCAAUAAAUUCCGAGAUAAACUUUUCAUGAUUUGUUUCGUUCUGAUAGCAUUCGCUUCUUCUUAAAAGUACGAAUGCACUAAGUGAUUUUUUUUUUCUCAUAAAUAUUUUAAGCAGAAACAAUUUAUAUUUGAUUGGUAUAUCGUUGUAUUGAUUUUGUCAAAAAUAAUUAUGUUCUUUUUGCUCAUUUAAGCGAAAUUUUACAAGUAUUCAAUUUAAAAGUUAAUUGCAACCAACAAAAUGUAAUGCUUACCUUAAAAGAUCAGUUUAAGAAACGCUUAAUAAAUUGUAAGUAAAACAGAUAACUACAUUGUAACAAAAAAACUUUUUUCCCUUAUGAAUAAGUGAAAAGUAUAUAUUCGUUUCACUUAAAAAUUAAAAUUGUUAUAAAAAUGAUUUAAAAAA